GUCUACACAAGCAAAGAACUUGAAGAACAGAAGAUAGAAGCAAGGGAGAGGAACCAUCAUCAGUUAGAAAAGAAGCUUGUUACUGUGAUGAGUUUAUAAGACACCACAAGAAGUCAUACAACAUUCAUUGAAGGCUGAAAAAACAAGAUGUCUUCUCUUCCCGUCCCAGUCAACUCUUACGUUCGUCAAGACUCCACCAUGAGUGACCCUAAUGCUUCAAUAGAAGUUGAUUUCCUCCUUCCCACUGGUAUACUAGUCCCAUUCCAUUGUUCAGGGAGUCAGACAGUAGCCGAUAUUAAAGAGAGGCUCUGGUAUGAAGCAUCCAAGUACCCACUCUUCAGUACAUUGAGACAACAUGGCUGGUAUGUAUUCAUGUUUGUUAAUCGGAAGGCAGAGCAAGAGGAGUGCUUUGAUGAAACCCUGCGUCUCUGUGACCUGGACCUUUACAAGCCUCUCUUCAAGGUGAUGGAGAGGAAGGGGAACGAAGAGGAGAAGAAGAUGAGCACACAGAUCAGUUGGCUUAUCGGACGACAGGUCAAGGAAUUCGAGAGCUCACGGGACCCUGAGGUGACCGAUUUCCGUAUUGCGAUGGUCAACGAGUGUCGGAAAGCUAUAGAG